AUGAUAUCUCUGGUCACUCUCAUCCCCAGAUUGUUCCUCAUUACUACUGGAUAUGCUCAUUCUCUCCUCCCUCUCCUGUUCUUCACUUUCAUAUCUCUGGUGGAUUGGUUCGUUUACACCUCCAUCCAGGGGGUAAACGAAACAUCAGGACCUCCUUUCAAACAAUAUCCAUCGAUAUUAUUAUCAAUUCAAUCACAAUCUUUCUUUAUUGAUCGGAUUUUUAAAACCGUCACAAUAAUGUGGAACCCUACUCAUGUCCAAUUUACAGUGCUCCGGGCAAAAAAUCUUGUGUCCAAAGGAAAAGGAGGUAAUAAUGAUGUCUUUGCAACCAUACAAUUGGGGAAGGAGAAAUAUCAAACAACCACAAUUAAGAAAGCCCGAAAUCCUGAAUGGUUUGAAGAAUGUGAUCUCUUAAUUACCAGCAUGGAUGCAGAAAUCAAAGUGAAUUUAUUCCAUCGAGGAAAAAUUGCUGAUGAAUCUCUUGGUUAUGCUAUAAUACCACUGCGAGAGUGCAAAAAUUUUGACAGACCCCAAAAUCGGUGGAUUCCUUUGCAAACAAAGUCCAAAAAGACUGGUGUUAUCAAAGAACAGGGAGAACUAGAAGUACGUUUAACAUUCCAUGUUGAAAGCAAAGUUGAAGAAUUGCAUCCCCUACAAAAAAAAUCCUACACGGGCUCCUUACGACAUUUGGCCACAAGUGUUGCUGGAAAGCUAAAACGAAGCCAGUCACUGAUCUAUCGAAAAGACAAAACAAAACCAACCCUGACUAUGUCCAACACUCCUAAGAGCUCAGAUUCUAAUACAUCAUCACAGGCACUGAAAACAGCAUUUUAUUUGACAACAUUUUUGAUGAACGAAAGGGAAAAAGAAGCUCAAAUUAAUUCUACAAACACCAAUGAAGAAUCUAAGUUGUAUCACUGUCAAGAUGAGAAAUUAAAAACAAUGACUUUGAAUGAAAAGUUCUUAAAGUCUUCCUAUGCUACAAUAGAUGAAGUGCAAACAGAAAACCAGAAGGUCUUACACAAAUCUCUUGAAAACCUCACAUUGUCAUGCAAAGACCAUUACAAUGGCAAGUCAUACACUCUACCAAAGCCAGAUAAAUCUGUGACUCCAGCCAAUACCUUAGAUACAUACCUUCAAUCAGUUCCAGAACAUAAGGAAAACCGAAGACCAAGUAUGCCUCAAUCUAGUGGGCCUGCUCCCUCUUGCUUAAAAUCCCGUCCUUCUUCGUGCAUUAUUGGUGGCAACAGUAAUUCAUCUGUCCACCCUCUGGAAACUAGUGUUUCAAAUACCACUACUUCACAUGGCACUCACAAAGACCCUUCUUCACAGCUGAAAUUACGUCCCUCCUCUUGCAUUGUUACAAGUGUGACAAACACUAAUGGUUCUCAUCCGUUAGAUACCUAUGCUGCAAAUGAUCCCUCAAAAGAAUCAACAGCUCAGCACAAAACAAAACGAAAACAACGCCGUUUACGCAAGCACAGUCCAUACAGCUAUGACCAGGAUGCAGAUUCAGAAUCAGAAGCUGAGGAAAAUGGUACUGGCCACAGAAAAUCUAAUGAUGAAGCAGGUGGUAAGCCCAAUGGAAUCCAUAGUGAUGAUUUUAAUUUCAAAAUCCCUCUUCAGUAUUCACGGUUUCCAGCAAAUUUGUCCCAAAGAUCUGGCAGCUGUAAUGGACUGGCUGGAUCCAACACAAACCCCAAGGAUCUUGCUGAUGAAAAGGUCACAAAUGGAAUCCAAGGACGUAAAUCAAGAGCUGAGCUUGAUUUUGGUUUGAAACGACCACAAAAUCGUAAUAUAGUUGGAUUAAGGAGACGACCAAUUUCAUUUAGUUUUGAUGGACGGCUGCCAGAUUUCUCUGACUCAAUGUUUGAGUAUAAUUCUGACAACUUUCCAACAGAAGAUUUAAUAGGACGAUACAGAAGCAUGCACAAAGAGGAAAUGGUUAAUUUGAUAGUAAACCAGAAGGCACAACUAAUCCGAAAGGACCAAUACAUCCGAGGAUUGGAAACUUAUAUUGAUGAUCUGCUUGUUAGUGUUAUUGAACAGAAUCCAAAGAUGCUCCAAAGACAAUUUCAUUAUUAA